AAAUGUUUAUUUACCGGGAUUUACAAUUAAUAUAAAAGCUGCCAAAGUAAACACACUCAAACAGUGAGGUUUAAUAACCUUCUCUAGUGGAGGGGAGCAGGGGUCAAGGCAACUACUAAGCAGCUAAACACCAACCAAAGCUUUAGCUUAAAUUGAAUCUGUAUCCUCGUGCCGGUUAAAUUGAAAAACGAAAAAUGAGUAAAACCUCGAAGUCUAAAGAUGCGGAAAUUUGUGAGGCCCAGUGCCCUAAAAUAAGGAAAAUCGAAGGGCUUCCUCUGUUCCAUUCACCUCUAAACGAUGUGGUGGCCCCACCGAGCCAUAAGAGCAAGUGCACUUGGAAUAGGAUCAAUGAUAAGACCCAGAAAAAUCCACAUUCUACUGAUGAAUGGAGGAGAACCACUAAAACAUUGCCAGAUAUCCUGAAGGCUAUUGGCAACACCCCCUUAGUAAAACUGAACAAGAUCCCUAAAAGUUUUGGGGUGAAAGCCAACAUUUUUGUAAAAUGUGAAUAUUUAAACCCAGGGGGGUCGGUAAAGGACAGAAUAGGAUUUAGGAUGAUUGAAGAUGCCGAAAGACAAGGACUCAUUAAGCCUGGCUCGACCAUAAUCGAACCUUCAUCGGGUAACACCGGGAUCGGUUUGGCACUAGCGGCUGCCGUAAAAGGUUAUAGAUGUAUCAUAGUUAUGUCCGAGAAGAUGUCCAAUGAAAAAGUGGCCACCUUAAAAGCGUUGGGGGCUGAAAUAGUGAGGACUCCGGUUAAUUUGGACUCGUUUGCCCCGGAAGGGAUGUUCGGUGUGGUCCAUAGACUACACAAGGAGAUUCCUAAUUCAAUUAUUCUUGAUCAGUAUUCUAAUCCAGGGAAUCCUUUGGCCCACUACGACACCACCGCAGAAGAGAUUUUCGAUCAAUUAGACAAGAAAGUCGACAUGAUCGUAAUAGGUACCGGAACCGGAGGUACCAUGGCCGGAAUAGGAAGGAAAUUCAAGGAAAUCUCACCGAGCACCAAAAUUAUCGGGGCAGAUCCCGAGGGAUCCGUACUGGCCCUUCCCGAGAAAAUAAACGAGACCGAUGUCACUUUUUAUGAAGUCGAGGGAGUUGGUUACGAUUUCGUUCCUACCGUGCUGGACAGGUCAGUGGUUGACCAUUGGGUGAAAACUAACGAUAAAGAUUCACUUCCCAUGGCACGGAGGCUUAUUAAGGAAGAGGGGCUACUUUGCGGUACUAGCAGUGGGGCCAAUGUGUGGGCCGCCCUUCAAGCAGCCAAGGAACUGAAAGAAGGACAAAACGUCGUCGUUAUUUUACCGGACAGUAUUAGGAAUUACAUCACAAAGUUUAUCUCGGACGAAUGGAUGCAGGCCCGUGGAUAUAUGCCCUGUGAGAAUACCCAUAACCAUUGGUGGUGGAAUAAGAAAGUGUCCGACCUAAACUUAUCACCGAUCCAAAGCGCCACCCCGGCCACCACGUGCGAACGUGCGGUACAUUUAAUGAAAAAAAUCGGCGUGGACCAGAUUCCGGUGAUCGAUGACAAGGGUUGUAUGGUCGGUAUGGUGACCCUUCAAAAGAUCCUCUCCGCCUUAAUGUCGAAAACUGUUCAAACUAAAGAUCCGUUAGAGGGUCUGAUAGGGAGGGUUUUUCCGAAACUGUAUACUGACAGCAAUCUGGGUCUGGUCGCUUCGGUUUUGGAAAAGGAGAGUUACGUCGUCAUUUUGGAAUUGAACGAAUCGGGUGAAAAACCAGUGGGAAUUGCCACCCCCAUUGAUAUUUUGCAGUACACAUCGGACAACUCCUCAAAAUCUGCCUAAGACAAACGACGGUUUUUUUUUGUUUAGUUUUGCAUUUAUUUACUUUUAAGGUGUUUGUUUUAUUGUUUUUGUCAUCUGGUUAUUAAUGUCUUACUUUGUUUACUCUCAAUAUACUUACCCUUUUAUUCA